CAGAUAAGGCAAAAUUACUAAACAAACAAUAUAAUAUCUUGCAGACAUUACUAGGUAUUGUAUAUUUUUGAAUGUAAUAACGGAGAGUAUUUAGGAGGGAAAACGUUAAAAAUAUUUUGAAAACAACAGUUUUUACGUUUGAAAUAUUGGAUAAUGAUUGUAUUUACAUCUGUAUUUUAAUUUAAGACAUUCUUACUUCAGAAAUUGAGGUUUUACUGAAGCGUAAAGCAUCAUCUCGAUUCAAAUAUUCGUGUGGAGAUACAAUAGCAAGCAAUGUUGAAGCCAAAUUUUCUUGGCAGUUCUACAGGAUCAAUCAUAUGUAUUCAUGCUCUGUUAAAUAUCUUGUGCUUGAUAGCAUAAUGCAAUUGUUUACGGUUAUUUUGAAGUUCUAAUAUAUUUUUUGUAAUGACUUAUCUAAUGUAACAGUACAUACCUAGCUGUCUUUUUCAAAAAUAGUUUCCGUUUGACAGUAGAUAACAGCAACAGAUAAACACUUGAGUAUGUGAUCACUGAAUCAAAUGGAAUAUUUCAGGAAACCUUUUAACGUUCGUAAGACUGCAGCAAGGUAAUCUGUCAAUGGUUUAACAUAAACAACAGCUCAAAUAUCUGGGAUAAUCAGUAGGACUAUAUUUUUCAGAUACAAGCUACUCAUUUGAGAAAAAAAAAUUGGAAUAGUUAAUGAUAUCAUGGUAAAAUGAAAACCAUGAAAACAAAUAUGUGAGUCUUUGAAACAUGCAAUAUGUUGAACUAUUCUACCAUAAAAAUAUUGAACUGUUGACAGAAAUAUGAUAAAAACUUGAUUUUCUAAGAAAAUACGAGAGAAGUACAGAAUGAUGUAUAUCAGAAUGAAAGUUAUUGUGAUUGUGCUAAAAAUAUAAAAUAACUUGAUUUGUGAAAGUAAUUUGAAAAGUAUGAAUUAUUACAAUCAGUUUUAAACAACACAAAUAUACUAAAAUGAUGGGCCGAUUAAGAGAAACGGCUUCAUUUCACAGACGGCUGAAAAACUCGGAAUUCUUUUCAAAACGAAUCAAGUUUCAAGAGAAAAAUAUUCAUGUUAAUCUGCCAGUUAGGAAAAUAAAGGAUCCGUGUUUGGUUGAGAUAAGGAAUAAACAUACAAAAGAGUUAGUCGACAUUGAGGAAUUGGUUGGAACUACAAUAGAGAAACGAAACUGGCGUGGUAUCGUAAUUGCCCUACUCGUAAUAGUGACAGUGCUUGCUCUUAUUGUAACAGCAAUUGUACUGGUUACUCCUAAAACUUUAGACGAGCAUGUGGGUUCCAAAAUUAGUUUCCAAAGUUUUAUACGAAAUGAAUAUGAACCGAGACAAUUCCAGCCAAUCUGGUUGCCAGGUGAGGAAGUAUUCAUUUACCAGAAUCAUGAAGGGGCGAUUAAAGAGUUUAACUGUUUAGACAAUUCGUCUACAGUUCUAUUUGGAAAUCUAACUUUUAGAGAGCUCAAUACAGACCAAUUUAAACUAUCGGCUGACAAACAAUAUGUAUUAUUCCAGUAUGAUAUACAUCAUAUCUACAGACAUUCCACCAUAUCAAAAUAUAAAAUUUUACAUAUACAAUCCGGGAAAAAAUAUGAUUUAGCUGGUCCCUAUGCAGAAGAAUUCCAAUAUGUCAGCUGGUCGCCCACUGGACAUAGUUUAGUAUGUAUACAAUACAAUGAUAUAUUCUACAGACGAGAUCCUAUUAAAGGCAGGUUUGAACAAUAUACGUUUGACGGUUUUGAUGAUAUAGACCACAUAUAUAAUGGAGUGCCUGAUUGGGUUUAUGAAGAAGAGAUACUUAGUUCUGACAAUGCUUUGUGGUUUUCACCUGAAGGCACAUACCUCCUCUACGCCGCAUUCGAUGAUAGGGAUGUCUACUCAUAUGAACUUUCAAUUUAUGGGGAUAUGGCACAAACCUAUGUCAUGUCAAAAAUUCUGCCAUAUCCAAAGCCAGGAACACCAAAUCCAAAAGUAAGGCUAAAAAUUAUCGAUCUAAAGAGGAAUUCGACAGUAGAGAUAGAUCCCCCAAAGCCUUUCAGAAACAAGGAUCAUUAUUUUACAACGGUGUCCUGGCAGGACGAAACCCAUGUACUUAUAUCAUGGAUGAACAGAGCACAAAAUCUUUCCAUUCUAUCUAUGUGCGAUGCCAUGAACGGUAACUGUGUUCAGAAUUACAGAAUUGAAGGAGAAGGCGGCUGGGUAGAUCUGUAUCGACCAGUAAUGUUCAAGCCGGACGGGAGUCGGUACUUUUUGCUUCUCCCGCAUAAAGAUGGAUCCGCCGGUAGUUUCCAACAUAUAGCUAUGAUUGACUCUUCUUAUGACAUAUCGAAAAAGACUGGUGACGGCUCAAAGAUAUUUCUUACGAUUGGUAGAUGGGACGUUAUGGACAUCGUGGGAUAUGACGACGAUUUGAAUUUAAUAUACUUUAUCGCAACCAAAAAGGGCGAUCCUAGAGUUCGACAUUUGUACAGGACAACUACUGUAAAGGAUCAUACAGAUUACAGGAGGGUCACGUGUGUAUCAUGUGACUUUGAUGAAGGUUGCCAGUUUGUAGAGGCUAGUUUUACCCCAACAGGGAAAUAUUAUAUAAUGGCGUGCAAGGGACCAGACGUACCUUCUUAUCAUUUGUUCUCCACUGAGGACGGGUUCGUUACCACACUAGAGGAUAACGCCGAUUUAAAAGAGAAACUAGAAGAUGUGAGCAUGCCGGUGACAGAGUAUAUAAAGAUACCCAUUGACGAGGAGCAGACCGAUUAUAUGUGGGCAAAAGUCUUACUUCCACCUAUAUUGAGAAAGGAUGAAAUUAUUACAUAUAAUAUUUUGUUUAAAGUAUACGGCGGACCAGGGAGCCAACUUGUUACAGAGGAGUUUAGCAUUGGCUGGGAACACUAUUUGUGUAGUACACACAGUGUAAUUAUUGUGUUUGUCGAUGGUCGUGGGACGGCUGGGAGGGGCAACAAAUGGCUGCAUGCGAACUAUAAAAAACUUGGGACUGUAGAAGUGGAGGAUACAAUAACAGCUGCAAGAUAUUUCAAUAAUCUCCAUUAUGUGAAUGAGCAAACAGCAAUAUGGGGCCUGUCGUAUGGCGGUUACUUGACUUCCUCAGUGAUUGGACAGGGGACAGAUGAGUUCAAGUGUGGUCUCGCUGUGGCGCCUGUCACUGACUGGAGAUACUAUGAUUCUGUGUACACUGAAAGAUACAUGGGUAUGCCAACAGCUGCGGACAACCUUGGUGCUUAUAAUCUUGCCAACGUAUCAAAGUAUGCAUCGAAAUUCAAAUCAGCAAGGUUCAUGGUCAUACAUGGAACAGGGGACGAUAAUGUACAUUUCCAGAAUACCGCUCAACUUAUAAAAGCAUUAACCGAAGAGGAUGUUUACUUUAGAUCUCAGAUUUACACCGACGAGAAUCAUAACUUGGACGGUGGUAAUACAAAGAAGCAUUUAUAUAAUACAAUGGAAGACUUCAUUUUACAAUGUUAUGGAAAACCAACAAACUUUGACGAACUUAACGAUUUCUCACUGGAAGAAGAGGAAAAAGACGUAGACGGUGAAUAAUAGUUUCAAUGUGAUCAUCCUUAAAAUUGAAUUCAUUGUGCUCAAUAAUAUGUUGGGGUAGAGUAUAUUGUGCAAACUAUGCGCUCAUUUUAAUAUAUUUUGGAAAGGACGUUCUUCCAGCUUGUGAGGAGACAGAGACAAUGGUUGUUUGUAAAAGAUAACUGCCUGCUUUGGCGCUUUCAGCUCAAACGCUGGAGAACACAAAACGUUACUUUUGUUGCUAAAACAUGAGAAGAAAUAAAUACCAUAACUUCAUUAAGUUAGCAUUUUUAUCACAUAAUGUGCUAUUUAAGAACAAUUAUAGUCAAACGGAAAAAUGGAUUUGAGAAGGAUUGAAAUUCUUCUUUUAAAUUAAUACAAGAGCGUUGUGAUAAUUUCAACAGGACAUAUCAUUACCUGUAAAGACAUAAUAUGAGCCGUGCCAUGGAAAAACCAACAUAGUGGCUUUGCGACCAGCAUGGAUCCAGACCAGCCUGCGCAUCCGCGCAGUCUGGUCAGGAUCCAUGCUGUUCACUAACAGUUUCUCCAAUUCCAAUAGGCUUUAAAAGCGAACAGCAUGGAGUCUGACCAGACUGCGCGGAUGCGCAGGCUGGUCUGGAUCCAUGCUGGUCGCAAACCCACUAUGUUGGUUUUCUCAUGGCACGGCUCAUAUAACGAGGUAUAUGUAUUUAACAUUUUUACUUAAAAGGAAUAUAGCGUUUGUGGAGACACGCUUUACAGCCAAAAAUAAUUUUGAUGAAAUUGUUGCAAUUUGAAAGUUGACUUUAUUUUGAUGAUCGGUAUAGUUCCUUAAAUUUAUUUCAUUUCAUAACUAAGAAUGGGUUGCUCUGAAGCAAAUAAAUUACAGAAUGUGCCAAUUUUCUGACGAUGCCAUAAAUUUCAUAUUGCCAAGCGCUUUAGUGAACCACUAUUUGGAGCGCUGGCGCAAACGUCACACGUACACUUCGUACCUAGUGUGAAUACGAUUUAUAUACACUUUGUUUUCUAAAAAAGGAAUUCAUACGAAAGUGAAGCUAAGAAUAGAGAAUAAAACAUACACUGAUACUGAACAGACAGGAUGUUGAUGCAACAUCUAAAGGUCUAUCACGUUAAAGGGUAAAAAGGAUAAUCCUUCAGAGAUCGUAAAUGUGUGUAACAAUCUCAAUGACCUGAAAAUGACGUUUUAACAGUUGAAGAGAUAUGUAUAUGUAAAGAUACAUUUAACAAAGACAGUUUUCUUUUUGUAUACUAUAAAAAAUAUUUUAAGCAUUAGAUAUGCAUGUUGACGUCAACGAGCAUUGUGUGAUAUGAAUUAGUACUCAUCGUGAACAGAAAAUAAAGCGGUUAUUACAUGCGUCCGGAAACUGUGGCUAAACAGAUGUUUGGAUAGUGUCACAAUAAACCGACGUCCGCUUUGGCGUACGUAACGAUAAGCAGGUCGUGUGUUCCCUAGCAUGGAGCUAGGAAUGCAACAAUGACGGGAAAACACCAACUGCCAUGCACAACGGAAAUAGUGAUUCUGGCGAUGUGUAAUAAUUCAAGACUCUGAUUUAAGUAAGUGAUCGUGUAACGUAUUAAGAUAUUGAACUGUUACUAAGAAAUUGAUACGAAGCGAGCGAUUAAGGACGGAUGCAGAAACUAAGGCAUCAAUUCAUAACGACGGAGCUCAUGCAUAUUUGAACUAAAGUGGAGUUAUUAUAAUACAAUGAGAUUUUCCUAAACAAGUUCUAUUUAUUUUUUUUUUUGUGUUGAAUUGAUAGUAGGUGAACAAAUUUUAUCACUUAUAUUUGAUAUUUGUAUUUCGAUAUUAUAUCAGUUUGUAUACUUUUGUGAGUAAACAUUGUUUAAAUGUGUAUAAGAAACUUCACCAGGCAGAUGUUUUUAUAUGAUUGAGUUAAUAUAAAGACAAUUACAAAGCUGACGAGUCUUUAGGCAAAAUUGCGUAUUUGACUAAUCGUACAAUACUUUUAUGAAGCAAUAAGCUAAAAUGAACAGCCAAACUAUAACACAUCUGAAUAAAGAAAUUGGGAUUACUGAAUGAAUUUGGCUAAAACUGAACUUCUGCUGAAGCUGAAAUUUAUUUAAUUGCAGAAUGUGAAAUGACUUGUUCUUAGGGUUUCACUUUGAGAUUUAGAUGUCUUGUAUUUCAGAUUAUUGUCAUCAACUUUCAUACUUUGUUCACAUGUUAUCAUGUUUAGUCUUUUCUUAGCACUGUCUUUAAGUACUUUUAAUUUCAUGUUUAAGCGCGUAGCCUUUAACAGAAAUAUACCUGUGUAAAAAAAACGUUAGUUUCUGUGUUCGGUAGAAUGAACUUUUGUACUCUUAAACAUCAGGUUUUAUUACAGCAUGUAAAUGUUGUCGGAGGCAGAGAAAAUCUUUAGAGAAGUUGAUUUUUUACUGACUGAUGCAAUAAUAUUAUGUUAAUAAUUGAGUAAUAUAACAAUGAAAGCCUUGUUCUUAAGUCGGGUACAGUCGUAUUGGUCUGAGAUAGUCGUGUUUGUCUGAAAAAUUCGUAUUGGUCUGAGACAGUCGUGUUUGUCUGAAAAAUUCGUAUUGGUCUGAGUCAGUCGUGUUUGUCUGAAAAAUUCGUAUUGGUCUGAGAUAGUCGUGUUUGUCUGAAAAAUUCGUAUUGGUCUGAGUCAGUCGUGUUUGUCUGAAAAAUUCAUAUUGAUCUAUAUUGAUCUAAGAAAUUUGUAUUUGAAAGUAAAAUUCGUAUUAGUCUGAGACAGUCAUAUUGUUUAGGGGCAUAAUAACAAGGACAUUAUGAAAUCACUUAAUAUAAACAAUUUCAUUAACUAACCAUAUCAUUUUUAUCACUUUAUGUGAUUGACAAAAGAGAAAUUAUUCUUUUGUUAUAUGAACAAAACAUUCGCCUUAGUUUACAUUAAUGUCUACCUUCAAUGACGAUUUGAAAUGAAAUUAUUUGACUAAUUUGAGUAAACUCACAACGUGACUAAAAACUGUAUUAUAAUUAUUGUAUAACAUAACUGUUGUUUUUUAGGUAUUUAUGUUCAAUGUGUAAUAGAUACAGCCAUAGAUAUCCCCUUGAUUCAGAAAAUAAACCGUCUUCUAAGUCCCAGUUCCACAAGGGCAAUUCAGUGACAUAAUUUCCAAACCGGAUGAUAAUCUCCAAAUAUUCCUGAAGAUUACUAAACAUAUUAACGAGAUUUGAUGAUUAUCAGCCGGGCGUCAUAAUCAUAAUUACGUCUUAUAUUAGAUAGUUAAUUAAAGCAUUGUUAAAAAAAAGUGUUGCCAUUAAAAUAAAUAAUGUUUAAAUGCCACCUUGAUUUUAUGAAAGGCUGAUGUCAGUUGAAAUUUUACUGUCCGACACUUCCUGAUAUUUAUGUGCAAUAAUUGAAUAUAACGUCUGCUUUUGAACUCAUUUUAAACGUUACUAUGACACCGAGAUCCCAAAUCAAAGUUCGCCCUUUUGCCAAAGGGAAUGGUUUUAUCAACAAUCUAAUUGUCAUUUUUGACGAUGGGGUUGGUUCCACUUUACAUAAGGUUAUGCUAUUUUUGUUGACUCAUGCGCAUUCAUGUAUAGGUGUUUUGUUUAUAUUUAUACAAUUAGAAAUCAGGUUAGUUCGCACCCAUUCCAUUUGUAACUGUCUUCAUAAUAAUUAUAUUAAGUUUAUUAUUUAUCUUAGUUCUGUUUUUACACAGUUUUCUUGUUACAGUUAUGUACUUCGGUAAUCAGUGGAGUUGUUGAAAUUGUACAUAUCCUUGUUGACGUCAUCAGCUUCAGACAUGUUAAUUUGUAUAAUGUCAUGAACAAUAUAUUUAAGAACAGCCGUUUUCACGAUAGAAUCUUAUAAAGCAUUUUGUUUUUUUCCGAUCAGAUAACUUUCAUGUUUGAUUUCAAUUCAAGCGUUUUUAUUUAAACAAGAAAACGCAAGCUAUAGUAAGCGUUUCAUACCAAGUGACACCAUGGAAACACGUGCAUAUCAUUGCGAGAAAUACAUUUGAUUAUUAAAAUAAAUAUUUGCUCGGUACACGUCUUUUUGUAACAUUUGUUAGGUUGUUUAACUUGUUCAGCUCAUGUAUUUACAUGUUUCAUGACCAUUUAUCUUUAAUAUUUGAUAACGACUUUUCUUUGAUGUCCGUCAAAAAUAAAUUUUUAUUUUAAAA